ACAAAGUUUCGUUUUCCAAGGAAAACUCAGUGCUAAGGACACCACCAGGACUUCACCAGGCUUUCAUUCUGCAGCACAGAAAACGUUACAGGCUUUCUUUUGGGCUUAAUGGACUCGUCUUUUAAAGGUAGAGAGCAUCUUCGUAGGCACCCAAAACCAGGGAGUUCCAGAAACCAACCUCAGACAGGGACUUCAGUGCCAUCUGACAAGAUAGUUCCUUCAAAGCAUCCAGAGAUAAAUGUUUCUCAGGCUGAGAAUUUCUCCAUGGUACCUUCAAAGAGGAAUACCACUAAAACUGAGCAAUUGUCUACCCAGAUUGGCCCUCACCAAAUCACUGGAUCAGCAAUGAGCUCAUGCAGCCUAGCUGGCUUUGCCCAAUCCCACCCAAACUCAGCUGUGCCAACUCAGCUGCGGUUGGUGCUGGUGGGCAGGACAGGGGCAGGGAAGAGUGCUACAGGAAACACCAUCUUGGGUGAAAAAUGUUUCAAAUCUCAACUGAGCAUGAGCUCAGUGACGAAAGAAUGCAAGAAAGAAAGUGCCGUAGUCCAGGGGCAAAGUCUUGCACUUAUUGACACCCCUGGCUGGUUUGACACCUCCCUAAACCAAAAGGAAGUAGAAACAGAAGUAAUAAGGUGUCUGGCCAUGUGUUCGCCUGGACCCCAUGCAUUUCUGCUCAUCAUACCAAUCACUCGCUUCACAGGUGAACAGCAGCAGACUGUUGAAAUGAUUCAGAAAACUUUCCAGAACAUGGCUGACCACACUAUCAUCAUAUUCACCCAUGCAGAUCUGCUGAAAAAGGAAGGGAAGUCCUUUGAGCAGUUCAUAUCAGAGCAGGACAACAGAAUCCAGAAACUUGUUGAACAAUUUGGCAGCCGCUUCUUGGCCUUUAACAAUGACGACCCGGAGAGCCAAGAUCAGGUCACACAGCUUCUGAAGAAGCUGCAUGAAUUACUAGAACAGAACAAGUACCACCACUUCACCAACCAGGGAACGCAGAUUGUGAAUGAGGCAAUGGCAGCUCUGAAGCUGAAACAAGAAGCAGUGACAGCUGAAUCAAUUAAGAGAGCCAAGCAGUCAGUAAGGCAGAAGGGAGAGGAUCGCAGGGAGAAAAUCUCUAAAGCCUUAGAGAAGGACAGGCAGGAAACAGAAAGACGCAGACAGCACGUCCAAACCAAGAUCAGUCAGAUAAUAGAGGAGCUAGUAAAAGAAAGCGAAAGCCCAAGUUCAGAUCCACGCAGACUGAAGCGUCUCGAAGAAUCUCUUCAACGAGAAAAUGAAAACUUUGUAAAUCUAGAUGAAGAACAAGAAAAGAGGAUAAUGGAAGCUGAAGAAGAAAGGAACGAACUGGAUGUGUGGAUCCAAGAGGAAGAGCAGAGAGUAGAGGAAGCAGAGAAGGAAAAGGCUUCAAAGGAUGAUGGAAGCAGAUGGUAUCAAGAUCCUUUUUAUUUCAGCAUCCUGAAGUACCUUGUUAUUUUUAUGGGAGGGGCUGGGUUUGGGUUUGGGUUUGCACCUAUGGUUUUGGGUUUUAUGGCCCCCGCAGCACCUGUAGGACUGGCAGCAGAGUUAGCCACAUUGGUUGGGCCUGAGCUUGCAGCCGCCCUGACAGCUGCAGUUGGAAAGGCAGCUCCUUUGAUUGCUAGCCAGUGCUCCAUUCAGUAACCCAUGCACAAAUCAGAUCUCCCAACAGUUAAAUUAUAACCAUCAAUACUACACUUACAGUAGAAGAUGCUGAACGGUUGUUGAAUUCCAUCAGCAAAAAUAUAUGCAGUACACAUAUUUUUAAGUAGGGCGGCACGGUGGCGUGGUGGGUAGCACUGUCGCCUCCCAGCGAGGAGGGCCUGGGUUCAAUUCCCCGGCCGGGCGACCAGGGUCCUCUCUGUUUGGAGUUUGCAU